AGUUACGCUUUCCAAACCCUCCCUGACCCUCACACCUGAGUACUUAUCUGUAAGAAACCUCUCAUGAUGUGCUCAACCAUCACUCAUACACACGUGUGUUUCAGAGUAGGUCUUUGGAGGGGAGGCAGCUGCUGAAGAGCGAAGAGCACUGUCAGCACAUUCUUUAUUACUGGACUGAACUAACAGGAGAGAACUGGCUCACUGAACAUCUGGAUCCAAAACCAUCUACAAGACAGAGGCCUCAAACUCAAAUAAUGAAGCAGCAGUCUGCAGGUGAACCAUCAGAACCAGGCUUCGUUCUGGCCGACUACGCUGUCUUUGCUGCCAUGUUGUCAAUAUCUAUGGCAAUAGGUCUUUUUCAGGCCCUGAAGAGGAAGUCAGGGGACUCAUGUGCUGAUGACUUCUUCACAGGAGGCCGCAGCUUGCCAGCUGUGCCUGUUGGACUGUCACUCUGUGCCAGUUUUAUGUCAGCCGUCCAGGUUCUGGGUGUUCCCUCUGAAGGUUUUCGCUAUGGCUUUAAAUUCCUUUAUAUGUGCCUCGGCCAAAGCAUCAACUCCCUGCUGACAGCUUACCUGUUCAUGCCAGUUUUCUUUCGACUGGGCAUCACUAGCACUAAUCAGUACCUGAAGAUGAGAUUUGGCAGAGGCAUGCAGCUGCUGGGAAGCAUCCAGUUUGUCCUUGCAACGCUGCUUUACACAGGGAUCGUCAUCUAUGCACCAGCCUUGAUUCUCAACCAAGCUACUGGACUCAAUAUGUGGGUUUCCCUAUUUUCCACUGGGAUAAUCUGCACAUUGUACACUACUCUGGGUGGCAUGAAGGCUGUGAUCUGGACUGACGUGUUCCAAAUCAUUGUCAUGUUGUCAGGGUUCAUAGCAGUUUUGAUCCAUGGCACAGUUCUGGUUGGUAGUCCUUCACAAGUACUGGAGAUCGCCAUCAAUGGAUCCCGUGUUAAUUUUAAUGAUUUUGACUUUGACCCAAGGAAGCGUUACACCUUCUGGACCCUCUCUGUUGGCGGUACCUUGGUUUGGUUGUCCAUGUAUGGAGUAAACCAAGCACAAGUCCAGCGGUACAUCUCCUGCCGAUCGGAGCGAGAUGCCCAGUGGGCUCUGUUUGUGAAUCAGGUGGGUCUGUGCCUCAUCGUCAGCAGUGCAGCAACCUGCGGCAUCGUCAUGUUUGCUUAUUACCACAACUGUGAUCCCCUGAAGUCAGGGAAGAUUUCUGCACCAGAUUUGUAUAUGCCGUUCUUCGUGUUGGACAUAUUCAGAAAUCAUCCAGGCUUUCCAGGUCUUUUUCUUGCCUGUGCAUACAGUGGGACUCUCAGUACGGCUUCCACAAGCAUGAAUGCCAUGGCUGCAGUUACUAUGGAGGACCUGCUACGACCCCAUCUGCUCCACAUGACCCAGAAGAAACUGAUCUUUGUUUCCAAAGGACUGUCUUUCCUUUAUGGAGCUGGCUGCAUCACCGUAGCUGCUCUCUCCUCUUUCCUGGACUGGGGGGUUCUUCAGGGUUCGUUCACUGUCAUGGGUGUGGUCAGUGGUCCAUUACUCGGUGUAUUUAUUUUGGGAAUGUUUGUUCCAGCAACAAACAGGCUGGGGGCAUUCUCUGGGAUAUUAGUAGGCUACUGUGUCUCCCUGUGGUUGGCUGUUGGCUCGACUCUUUACCCACCCAGUGAGGACACCAUGGGCGUCCUGCCCAGCUUCACAGGAAACUGCGAACCAAGUAACAUCACUCUGAGCAGUAGCACUAACCAUGGCCAACACUCCAUCUCCACCCCUCUUCAUCCCAUUAACCAAGGAGGCAUCCAUAACUUCUACUCCAUGUCUUACCUCUACUUUGGAGCCAUGGCCACAAGUUCAGUUGUACUCGUCGGGCUGAUAGUGAGUUAUGCAACAGGACCAACAAAGCGGAGUCAUAUUAAAGAGGGUUUGUUGUGGUGGGACCUGAAUAAAAAGACAGUGAAGGUCCUAUCAGAACAUAGAACUGCCACAGUGUCCAGGAUUUAUAACUUCCCUGCAUGUUGGGAUACGGUGCAUACACCUGUGAACCUGAGAAGGAAUAACCAGGAAGACAAAGUGUCAGAUAAACCACAUGUGGUGCCUUUGGUGAACCUGCACAAAGAAGAUGUUCAGUAAAAGACUAAAUAACUAACAGAUGAUCGGCAUAUUAAAGUGGUAUUCAGAAUUAAGAUGUUGGCAAGGUUGUUAUCCCAUUUGUCAUUAAAAGAUUACUGGGACCUUUUCCUCUGUAGUGGCAGUAAAACGUUACAAUUUUAUUUCCUCCUUUCCAGCUCGGCUCCUUUAAAAAGUUUUGGUUUCAGCGUCUUUUUGUAAUUCCAAUAUUAGUGUGGCCUGGUAUGUUCCAAAUCUGGAACAAUCCACACCUGCACGUCUACCAGGGUCAACAGAAUACAAAAGGGAGUCUGUGUGUACUUGAACAACAGUUCAGUUACUGUUUCCUCAUUACGUACUGUAAAGUCAUGCUGUACCCUUGAUAUUUAAGGUAGAGCCCUAACACAUCUUUAUUAAGUCAGUUUUUUCCCUAUGGAUAGUGAAUAACUUAAGACUUUCUUCUUAAAAGGCCAUGAAGCUGGCAGAAGCAUUUAAACUUUGCUGUUCUUAGAAGGCAAUUUGUCAAUAUUACAGUGAAUCUUCAGGACAGUGUUUUAUCCUAUAUGUAAAAUGCACAGCUCUUAAGACAAAUAAAAUGUAUUCUUCAUGACAA